AAGUUCAAAGGUCAAAUACCUGAAAGUUAUUCAUCCGCUUUUCCAAUAGCUUAUACCACAUUUAAUUAAAGAGAAUUAUUCCGUGAAAUAAUGUGGUUUAACAACAAAUUAGAAUUCUUUUUCACGCAGCGAGUAUAAAUCAUUAAAACAUUUCGAAAACAUAUCGCACUAAUUUUAAAGUUGUCGAUCCAAAACGAGGGCACACCCUUGAAUCAAGAUGGUGGAUACUGUGGAUAUUAUUUUCAUCUGUCCAACACUACAACUACAAGAUAAACAAUGACUUGGUUUUCAGAGAAAACAAUUAGGGACCGAAUUUAAAGUGGAGAUUUUAUGAAAACCAGACCAACAGAACGUGGAAUAGUGUAUUGGUUUGGUUGAUGUUAAGUUCUAUAUUCAUUUGACAGGUGCGAGACGGGUAAACAGAAAACAGACACUUACACGAUACAAAUAUUAUCGAUAGCUGACCGAAAAUGGCAGGAAUAAGAGACCAGGGUAAAGAAGAAGAGGUUCAGUAUAGACAAUUGAAUCCAGUCAGGUUGGAAAGCCUUAAUCUGGGUUUGCGGGCUUCCAAGAUGUUAAUAGAUCCAGAAGUUCGCUUCACCAAACUGGAGCAGAUUGGAAAGGGGUCAUUUGGAAGUGUGUUUAAAGGCAUUGACAAUGAAACACAGGAGGUGGUUGCUAUAAAGAUCAUCGACUUGGAGGAGGCUGAGGAUGAGAUAGAGGACAUCCAGCAGGAGAUCAUGGUCCUGUCCCAGUGUGACAGUCCCCAUGUCACCAAGUAUUACGGAUCAUUCCUUAAGGGUUCAAACCUGUGGAUCAUUAUGGAGUACCUUGGGGGUGGAUCAGCAUUAGACCUUAUGAAAGCCGGACACUUUGAUGAGAACGAUAUAUCAAUUAUUCUACGUGAAAUCCUGAAAGGCUUGGAAUACUUGCAUUCCGAACGGAAACUACAUCGUGACAUUAAAGCUGCCAAUGUGUUGCUGUCCGAACAAGGGGACGUGAAGCUGGCAGAUUUCGGUGUUGCUGGUCAACUAACAAACACUAUGAAUAAACGAAACACAUUCGUAGGCACUCCGUUUUGGAUGGCCCCCGAAGUGAUAAAGCAGUCAGCGUAUGAUACUAAGGCUGAUAUCUGGAGUUUAGGCAUCACAGCAAUAGAGUUGGCCAAGGGGGAGCCCCCAAACUCGGAGCUUCACCCCAUGAGAGUUCUGUUCCUCAUUCCGAAAAACAAUCCUCCACAGUUAACGGGAAAUUACUCAAAGAGUUUCAAAGAAUUUGUAGAAUUCUGUUUAAAUAAGGAUCCAACAAAUCGGCCUUCAGCAAAAGACUUACAGCGACAUCCAUUCAUCCGAAGAGCUAAGAGUGUACGCAACCUUCAGGACUUGAUAGAUCGAUACAAGCGCUGGAAGAUGGAAAAUGGCAACAAUAUUGACUCUGAUAGUGAUAGCGAUGAGGACGACCCAGACGACGAGUCAAAGGCGCCAGAAUGGCUCCUUGAGACAGUGAAAACCAACGCCCCCAACGUCUAUGAUGAGUACAUCAACAAACCGAAUGGCAUCAAUGGAGACACUGAUCCCCAGAUACCAUGUAAGAUUGUGUCUCAGGACCUGCCUGGGGGUGUGUUUAGUCAUGCUGCCACCCAGCCAUCUCAGGUCAUGCCUUCUCAGCCCCGCCCCACUGGGGACCCCUCUGGGGCUCGUAUCCCAAACAGUAGCUACGGCAAUCCGGGGCAGCAACCAUACCAGUCGUCCAGUGAUGUGAGGGUACCCCAGCAGACUCAGCCGUAUAACCCUGCGGCUCGUCAUGCGGGGCCACAGUUAGGGCCCAUUAUUCAUUCCCGCUCCGAUUCCGCACCGGCUCUGAACGAUAGACCGGAACCUAGACAGGACCCAAUUAUUCACAGCCGCAGUAGGUCAGAUAUUGCCCGGCACGGACCGGCCGUGUCUCCCAAACCUUCGUUUAUUUUGAAUCGCCAGAGCAUGCCCUCAAAUGCUGUGUAUAUCAGUCCCGAAAAUGUACCCGUUGGGGCUCCACUAUUUUCCCGCCCCAAGUCCCAGUAUGAUAUCCCCAAUCAGCAUUCGUCACAAGUCCAUGUCUCAUCUGGUACCCAGCAAUAUGUGUCAUCUGGUACCCAGCAAUAUGUGAUACGCGCAGGCGGGGCUGGUGAUGGUUCCCCGCUUCGUUACGGGGCCGCGGGUCAUCCACCAACCCAGCCAAAGCCAGCACGCCCGAUCUCUGUGGGUAGUGAGCCCCUGUUGUCAGCGAGUCUUAUACCAACCAUAUCCCCGUUACUAGCAAAGUUGAAGGAGGACUACAGAGAGGAAUACAGACGCAUGGGGCGACCAAUCCAGCGCACAGACGCAGCCGAGGAACUCAAGAACGCCUUUGAGCUCGCCGAGAGGUCAUGUCCUGGCAUCGCGGACGAACUUUUGGCAGGAAUUCUUACAAAACUCUGUAGUUUAAAGUUUAAUGAGGGUGAUAUAAAACGGGCCAUGGAUAAGAUAAAAAGGCCAGUAUAGUGGUGACCUACACGAGGCAUAAGAGUGGUUCACAUGACAUCAGGGUCAUCCGGCUGUCCUAGUUGCUUGCGCGCGCAGGCAAUCCAGUCAGCUUCACCAAAAAAAAUGUUUAUUUCAACGACUUGUUCAGAUACUGUUUUUCGCCUGAACUUUCAUUCCAUUUAAUGCUGUGUAUAUUCCAUGUCAUCUGCCUCAAGAUUUCCUAAUUUUGUGUCACUGAAAUUAGUAGUUGAGUCAGUUUUAAGUGACAACGUACUUUUGGCCGCAAGUUGUUACGCUUGCACAUUAGUAUAUGCAAACGUAUGAGAAUACAAAAGAACUGAAGAUGUUUCCAGCAUCUAUCCUUAUAUGAUUCAUGUAUUUUUAAUCUUGUUAUUCAAUAAAUAUUCUUUAUUAUACUGUUAUUGUUCUUACAAAAUUAUCAAUUACGCGGACACAUACUAAACAAAAAUGAAGUUGUUUUAACAUGCUUAAGAUUUGAGUUCUAUAGAUAGUUUGAAAGUGUGCCAUCAUUUUGGAAGACAAUUCUGUACCAUUCCCCCUGACCAGUUUUUGACCAUUCUUUGGUAAGACUCCAGAGUGGUGCGAAUUCUAUAACAUAUGUUAAUCGUUUCAGACCAGUAUGAAUAAUCUCCAAAAAUCCUUGAAAACAUAUACUAUUUUUGCACUAUUGUCAAUAACUUUUUGGUAAGAUAUCCUUUUGUCAAUAAUUUAUGGAUAUUCUAUCCAAUCAAAAAUAAAAUUCAUUUUUAAUAAUCCUUAAAAGCUAUCAGCUGCUGUUGUGGUAUGUUGCAUUCAAAUGAUACUUCGUCCAAUUACUGUGAUUGAUGUGUCAAAUUAUUUCAAAUAUGCAAUGUUAAGACAAAUUGUCAAUGUAGCUGUAAGAGUUGACAUUACAUGCACAAUCAAUAAAUUGUGUUGCCUUUUCAAGUGCUUUACAGGCAAAAACAAUUGAAAGCAUUGUUAGAAGAUAUUUAUAAGCGUUUGUUCUUGUACAUAUUUUCUAAAUAAGUUUAUUGCCUACAUUCCUGUCAAAAGAAAGCUGCAUAUCCUAUAUGUUUGUUUUCGUCGUCUGUCAAUCAGUUUGAUUGUUAAGUAUACUUGUGGGCAAUAUUUAAGCCUGUUGUUAAUUUACUGUGUGUUUUCAAAGAAUAGUUCCUUCAAAUAAUAUUUGUUAGAUUCCAUAUCUGUGGGUUACUAAAGCUUAUUCACUGAACACAACACCAACGUUUCUGUUAACCCUUUCCCCACCAGAAGCAAAGUGAAUAUGGCUUUUGCAACCAGCAUAAAACCAGAACAGCCUGCGAGUAACUCGCAGUCUGUUCAGGUUUUAUGCUGUUUGCUGCUCAGCAGUAGCUUAAGGUUGGAAAUGUAGCCUUUCAAACUUGAUUCUAGUUAGAUUUUCUAAUUGACUACAAGUGCAUCAAAGUGCGUUUAUUAGAGUACGGAUUCAACUUAAAAUGGGGCGUAUUGAUGGUAGGUGAGCAUUACAUUUUCAUGGAGAAGUUAUUUACUUCCACUUGUAUUGUAUGUCUGUUUAAAGGAAGUCUCUUCUAAGCAAAAGGACUGCGCAGGCUAAUCAGGGACAACAAUUUACAUACGUUUUUAAAACCUUGUUUAUGAAGAGCGCGGCUGUAGUAGUACAUGUAUGUUUAUGGACAUGCAUCCAUCUUUUCUUUGUGAUUCCAUUAAAAAUUACCAGAUAACAUUCUUUUGUAAUAUCAUGUAUUUCUGAGAACUACUGGUUAUAAGCCCCUUUUUAAGUUUAAACAUACAAUGAAAUUAUAAUUUUAUUUUUGUCCCAAAAAACCAUCACUUGUUAUCAAUAAUAACAUUACGAUGUCGUAAUCCUUUCCCUCUCAGAGUAACGUAAAAAUGGCUUUUGCAAACAGCAAAACCAGAAAAGCCUGCGAGUAACUCACAGUCUGUUCAAGUUGCUGUUUGCUGCUUAUCUGUAUGGUCUUCAAUUAAAUUUUACUUUUUGAGGGACUGCAAAUGCGUCAAAAUACAGUUUCUAAGAGGUAAAGGGUUAAGUGUGUAACUGUCGUAUCAGCCCAUAAUUGCUGCAGCAAAUGCAGUAGUUAUCCACUAGACCUAUAAUUGUUUGCAUGAGCCUAUUUUUAUGAUUGUUGGUUUUGUUUACGAUUUGGUAAUCCAUUAGAAAUACCGGUAAUGUAUUUAUUUUUUUUAUUGCUGGCAGACUAUUUUAAAUCUUCACAUGUUCAGGUGUUAUUUUUUGUAAAUAAAUUUAGUAUAUAUGCAUGUUGAAACGAAAUGGCAAAGUAGUUUAGACAUAUCUUUGUUAUGAAGAUUUUUUUUCCAAUGUAAUUUUAGUUGUAACAGUACUAUGUGCCAACAAUAUUGAUUACAGUUACUGCAUGAAGCAUGUUUUAAAGGCUAUAUUGUUACCAUUCUUUUUAUGCCCCCGGAUCGAAUGAUCGGGGGUAUAUUGUUUUUAGCCUGUCAGUGUCUGUCUGUCAUUGUAUGUGUGUGUCUGUCCCAAAACUUAAACCAUGCUCAUAACUUUUGCAAUAUUGAUGAUAGCAACUUGAUAUUUUGCAUGCAUAUGUAUCUCAUGGAGCUGCAUCAUUCUUCAAUGUCAAAGAUAUGGCUUCAAUGCGGCGCAUUAGGGAGCAUUGUGUUUCACAAACACAGCUCUUGUUUCUAGUUUGUCAUUUCAUAUUUUGAAGACUUUCAUCAGCUAUCUUCCUGUGCAUGUCAUUGAAAGAGUGUGCUGUAUUUAUUUUUGUCGAGCCCGUAUUCAUUAAGCACAGUAUAGCUGUCACAAUGGUUGAGUGUAUGUGCCAAUAGGGUCUCUCACAGCUUGUGUGGACCGUUACAUACUCAUUGAAUAAUCAUGCAAUUUUACAAAAACUUACCUAAAUGUUCAUGGAGUGAUACAGUGUCCAUUUGAUCAAAAUGUCAAGAAAGGAUUCACAAAGAGGUCGAAAGUCAGAUUUGGACUUUAUAUACCUGGUUUUAACACUAAAUGCCUCAUUCAUCUGAAAACUUUAAAAUACUUGGUAAAAAUGUGUUGCCUGCAUGGCCCGUGUUUCUUGCGCAAGAUUUUACUUGAAGGUCAAUGCUCAAAAUAUGGGCUCGCAUCAGCUUUUGAUUACUCUUGAAUAUCUUUAUUAUUUGAACACCAAUGUUAGAAAAAUACUUAACCCAGUUAGAGGUGCUUGUAAUUUGAGAUUCCAAGUUCAAACUAAUUAACAAAUACAUGUGUAAUUACAAAAUAAAUGGCAUUUUUGACAACUUGCUGGACAUGUUGCCAACAUCUUGUUUGUUGAUAAAUAUUACAUUAAUAUUGUUAUUGAAUGUGAACUGAAGUUACUAUGCCAUACUUUUAUUUUUUGGGUGUAAGAAUUUUUGAAUAAUUGUAUUUCUCAGUAAAGAACUUAAGAUUUUAUGAUGAAAAUUGCAUGUGUUGAUAAUAUUUCUACAUCACCAUCAAUAGUAUACAAAGCUGCAUUUGUUGUUACGUUCCUUGCAUUAAAGUUUUUGUUCAUUCUCUGUUCAACAUGCAGUUAUUUGCAUGUCAGAUUAUGUAAAGUCAAAAUAAAAGGAAAUGGACAGAAACUUCUAAUACAGUAGUUAAAUCAAUUGUUAUCAAAUAAAUAUUCAUUAACAGCACUACAGAAGUGUUACUUGGUGUUGAAAAUAGACAAUAGAAAAUCUAUGUAUGUACAUUAGAUAUGUGUGUAUCUAACAGUGUUGUAUUUUUGUAACACCCAGUUAUAUAUUUAUCAAUGAAUAUUUCAGUAGAAGUAUUUACAUUUUCACGAGGAAUGUAUAUUAUUUUCCUUUACUGUUAGAUAGUAUCUGAAAUUUGUUAUAACCGGUACUUGUACAGGUAAAUCUGUCAAGACUUAGUCUUGUACAUGAUUUGAUGUGCAUUAAUCAAUUAUUUAACUUAAAUUUAUGUUUCUAGAAUAUUGCAGUUUUGAUGGGACGAAUAAAUUUAUAUAUAUUAGUGAAAGUUACAUUUUAAGCAGGUAUUUCUGAUAAUAGUAGCAUUUGUUUUGCUCUAACUAUUUGUUAAGUAAAUUUUAUAUAAUAGCCAUAUUAGGUUUUAUUAAAAACCAUUACACCCUUGGAUACAUUGAAAAUGAUAAAAAAAGACAUACGUGUUAUAUGAAAUGCGCAUUACAAAGUCACAGAUAAACUCCAUUUUAUGUUCACAUGGAUUACUUUGUAGAUAAGACAGGGAAGUCUAGUAAUAAGUAAAAAAAAGGCUUUAACGCUGGAUAGUUCGUAUUCAAUAAAAUAGCAUUUUAUUAAAAGUUAAGAAAGAUGUUUCAAUUUGUUUUAUUUAUGUACAGAGUUUUACUUGAUAAAUGGUGAGAAAAAUGUGGAGUUUCCAAUAUUGAAGAUUGUUCAUGUACAUCUUUAAAAAUGUAACAUAUAAAAUUGAAAAUGCUCAAGUCUAAUUGCGCCUUGCUCUGUAAAAAGGCGGUUUAAUGCAUGUGCGUAAAAACACUUUUCCAUUUUUUGAUAUUUUACAUUCAAAGAAAGUCUCUUCUUAGCAAAAAUGAAAUUUAGGCAGAAAGUGAUGUCCCUGAUUAGCCUGUGUGGACUGCACAGGCUUAUCUGGCACAAUACUUUACGCACAUGCAUUAAACUCUCUUCACAGAGUAUGGCUCAAUUAAUUAUGACUGUUACUUGAAUCCUUUAGUUUGUACACCCACCAGUAGCAUGACAAGUUGUAUUUAAAGUUGUUUAUACACUUUUCAAGUGCAUGAAUACCCGGUACGUACUUUUUAAUUGCAAUGAUUAUGUUAUGUUAAGCUAUAAUCAUAUUGUCUAUGCAUCUGUUUGUAUAAAUGUUCUUGUACAAUAGAGAGAUAUCGUGCUUAUUUUGUCUGAAAGAGAAUAUUCAAAAGCAAUAAAUAAAAGGAAAAUUUGUUUGCUUUUGGGGUAAAACAGUCAAUUAUUGUUUUCAGUAAAGUGAGGAAGUUUACAUGUUUCCGCAGGUGCUCAUAAACAUAUCUAUUUUCUUACUUUACUGAGAAAAAUAAUUCACGGUAUUACCCCAAAAGCUAACAAAGUUCUCAUUUAAGUUAAAUUUACAAAGACUAUUAACCCAUUUAUGCCUAGCAUCUAGAAAAAAAGGCCUUGGCAAACAGCGUAGACCGAGAUGAGACGCCACAGGAUGCGGUGUCUCAUCUGGGUCUGCGCUGUUUGCUUUAAGGAAUUUCUGUAAGAAAUAUUCUAAAUAUCAAAAUAAAUAUACUAGACAUCCCUAAUUUUGGAAAUAAAUUGAUCCAAUUGAGAAUGAUGGGAGAGUCCACAAGGCAUAAAUGGGUUAAAUUAAUAUAAAGUUUCUUUCAAGCCAUGAUGUUUAAACUAAGUGUUGAAUAACCUCUGAUUUUCAUGUGUAAAUUGAAGGACACAUUGAAGCAUAUGAUUUGGACUUGACUAUUGUUUAGUAGGGUAUAAAUGAUUAAAUAAACUAAAUGAAAAUGUUAAGAUUAUUUGAAACAAUGUAGACCAUGUUUUGUUUUAAGUACAUAUUUUGCGACUAUAAACUUUUAUGAAGAAAGUUUAUUGGAAACUAUGUAAUACAGUGUUGUAUAAAGUGUGAAAGGAUUAUUAUAUAAUCACCAUGAUGUAUAGAUUUCAUAUAAUUAAUGUUAUUUACUGGAAACAAGUUAAACUUUACAGAUAAUUUCAUCCAAUUAUCGGUAUGGAUCUGUCUAUUUUUACACUGUAUUGUUGUUAUAAUUGUAUAGAUAUCUAAUGAAUAAUAAAAUGUACAAUAAUUUAA